CAACAUUACCGCCUUUGUUAAAAGUUCAAGCAGACAAAUGUCUUUUUUUUGCCUUUUUGUCACGCUUUGUUCGUAUUGUAGUUAGCGUGCGUUGACCGGCGUUCGAGUGCUUAAUGCUAACCCCAGCUAGCAUUGUAUUUUUUUUUUGACCGAGUCAUCAGAUGGGCCACAGUUGCUGACGUCAUCAACAUUGUGCCCUGUCAAUGUAUCUUAAACAAGAAAGAGCUGAGGGUAUCUCGUCGCCAUGCAGUUGGAGGCGCAGCUUCGUCUCUAUCAGACUUGCCUGUGGUGCUGUAAGAGUGGACUGCGUCUGUUCUCACAUAGAAAAUCUGCAAACUACUACGACCUGCUGGGAGUCAAAUCUGAUGCCACCUUGGAUGAAAUAAAACAUGCAUUUUUUGACAAAUCUAAAAAGAUACACCCGGACCGCGACCCGUCCAACCCGGCGCUGCACGGCCAGUUUGUGCAGUUGAACGAGGCCUACCAUGUGCUGAGCAAGGAGCCCAGCAGGAAGGAGUACGACUUCAAAAUCAGCGGGGGAGGCCACAUCUUCCGAUCCGCAUCCAGUCACACAAGCAGCAGCCGUGCAGAGGCGCAGGCCAGCAUGCGUUACUGGGAACAGGUGCACCAGUCUCACGCCAGGGAGAUGUCUGCAGAGGAGAAGGAGCGGCACCGCAAGAGGAACUUCCGCCUGAUGGGCUACUGCCUGCUCACCAUGACGCUCAGCAUCGGACUGCACUUCGUCUUCUUCAGAAAACUGGAAGAGGUCCAAACCAACUACCUGGACGAGAAGGAUCGCGUCAUCUUAGAAAUAUACAACGAGUCCAAAGAGAGGGCCAGGGUCAACGGCUUUAAGAAACAGACGGAAAUCAUGCGACAGAAACACGCCGAGUUUUUGGAGAAAUACAAAACCUGCAGCACGGGAGAGAAGUAGGAGAGUUUUAGACUUUGAGAUGUUUCCUCAUUUCAAGGGGUUUGGAGCCAGAGACACAAAUGGACUCCUUGAAUGAACAAUGAGGAUCAUGUGAGGCAUUUAUUUAGCACCAGUGACACACCAGGCGGGUGCACACAUUUCACACAUUUCUAAGGGAAAUGGUGAAGACAGUCCAACAGUUGUAUUGGCUGUAAAAGAUUAAACUGGUUAUGUUUAGUUUCA